AUGGAUAGUUCCAUCAGUCUGCAAGCCGUCGAGGCGGCACGGAAUAAUUUCACCGUCACGAAGAGUGAUUUCGAGCAUUUCCUACGAUGCUGGGCGCAGCAGAACUGCGACGGCUGCAUCAACACGGCUGAAUGCUCCUGGUGCCCCUACAGCUGGGCCUGCGUCCCCAACAAGCACCAGCCGGCGUUCCUGGCGCCCAUCUACCACGACGACGUGUGCCCCGCGAGCGCGGAGCGCUGGGAGCUGCGCACGCGGCCGUUUGGCUGCCGCGCGUCGACGUACACGGUGCUGAGCGUCGGCGUCGGCGUGAGCACGACGCUGCUGGCGGUGGUGCUGCUCUGGCUGCUGGCGCUGGCGCUGCGGCACGUGCGCAAGAAGAGCAGGGCGGCGACGAGGCAGCGGUACGUGGCGACGUGGUGGACGGGGGACGACAACAACCGUGGUGGAGGCGAGACGCGGCCGCUGCUGCCAGGCCAAUAA